GCAAAUACACUGACAGAGAGAAGCUGUCAGUGUAUUUGACAGCAAACGAAAGGAGAACAACUGAGGGACAACACGCGCUGACAGAUUAUUGAAGAUGACUGACAUGAAUGACACGUACGCUGUGGUCAACAAGUCCAAACAUCCCCACCCACCUCUGAAAAACCCUGCCCAUUGUGAUGUAGCUCCACCCAGAUGCAACAGGACGAUGCCGACGAUGCCGUCCUCCCAUUACUACGAUAAUGUCUCCGCUGGAGCUUCGGCCACUCCCAUCUACAGCUGUGUCCAACGCCGAGACAAACGGACCGCGGUCACCUUUGACAAUCAUAGGCUGGGGGAGGUACUACCAGAUGAACUAAUUUCACCAACAAAUGAUGACUAUGAAGAAUUUUCAGCAGCCUCAGAUUCUUCCACUUUCUGUCCACCUGCUGGCAUUGGUUUUAACUGUCGUAUCCAGAAACCUCGUGGGCCCAGAGAACCUCCUCCAGAGUGGAGCUGAACCUGGGAUCAACUCAUUCAAUUGUAACUCCACUCAGACUAACUGGACUCAGUUAAAUUUAAAUCAGGCUCAGUUAAACUUGACUCAGUUAAACUUAAACUUGACUAAUUUGAACUGGACUCAGUUAAACCUGACUCAGUUAAACUGACCUCAGUAAAAUUGAACUCAUUUGAACUGGACUCAGUUAAACCUGACUCAGUUAAACCAGACUCAGUAAAACCAGGCUCAGUUAAACCAGACUCAGUAAAACCAGGCUCAGUUAAACCAGAUUCAGUUAAACUGACCUCAGUAGAACUGGACUCAGUUAAACCAGACUCAUUAAAACCAGACUCAGUAAACCAGACAGUUAAACCAGACUCAGUAAAACCAGACUCCAUUAAAUUGUAAACACUUCCUCACAUCAUGUCAUGCUCUUCUUUACAUUUUUGCUUCAUGAUUUCCAAUGGACGUUUGUUAUUUUAAAGGUUCAGUCUGUAAAUUUUCUUCAUUAAAAUGAUUUCA